AUGUUGGUAGACAGUGAUGGUAUUCCGACUCAUCAGAUUUGGGGUAAUAGUAAUUUUGAUUCAUCUGCAGUUGAUGCGGUUGGGCGUUCGGGAGGAAUAUGUUGUUUAUGGGACAAAGACAGGUUUAAUAGAUCCUCUAUCUCCUUUACAUCAAACUACAUCAUGGUGUCAGGAGCUUGGCGUGGAGUAGAUGAGGUGGUUAAUGUAGUGAAUGUUUAUGGUCCGCAAGACAGAGGUGAUAAAAAGAUGCUUUGGGAUCAUUUGGUUAAACUGAAGAAUGGAUCCUCUGGAAUUUGGAUUUUUAUGGGGGACUUCAACGCCAUUCGUGCUUCACAUGAGAGAUCGUCUUACCCUCCGUAUGAUCAAUCUAUGGCCGAUUUUAACACUUUUAUUUCCGAUGCGGGUCUCAACGAAUUAAAUAUGGGUGGUUCUUCUUUCACAUGGCUAAAAGACGAUGCCUCUGUUGCAAGCAGGAUUGAUCGUUUUUUUGUAUGUGAUAAAUUUAUCGAAUUUUGGCCACUUGCUAAAUCCACUGCUUUAGAAAGGAGAUGGUCCGAUCACCGGCCUAUUACAUUGAUUAGCAACAACAUUAACUAUGGUCCGGCCCCCUUUCGACUCUUUAAUUCAUGGAUUACUCAUCAUGGACUGUUACCUAUUGUAAAGCGGGCCUGGUUAGGAAAGCCCAUUAAGGGCAAAGCUGACUAUAUAUUGGGGCAGAAGCUAAAAGCCCUUAAGGAAGCUCUUAAAACUUGGUGUAGGGAUCAAAUAAGGGCUAUGGAUGAUGAAGAAACAAAACUAGAGAGUGUUUUAUCCACCCUUGAUUCAAAGGUGGAGUAG